UCGGAGGAGGGAAGUCGGCAGUCCUCGGGCCAGCAGCGGGAAGAAGAGAGCGUCCCCUAUACAAAGGUAUCCAGGGAAGCUCCCGGUGCAAGGUAGACAGACCAUUCAUCCCAGAGUUGAAUAUCUCUCCCUCACUCUCUCCUCUAGCGGCAGAGGCAGGGGAAAGAGCAGUCCUCCAAGCACUGUGGUGGGUAUCUAUGGUGGAGAAACAGUCAAUGGAGUUGCUCAUUUCUCCUCCUAGAAAGGGAUAACGGUGGUGAACCCCAAACCAGAUCGUGACUUACGGAGAGCUAGACCUCUGGAGCUCCAGAAACUGGACAGGAUCCACAGAGUAAGGCACAUCACCUCAUGUGACAGUGAGAGAGCGUGUGUGUUCUCUUGCAGUUCUGGCCAAUACUAAAGUCCUCAGCACAGUACGACAACCCAGUGGAGAAGGUUUCAGGUAUUAUAGCAAGAGAGAGACGGGGAGCAAAUGCACUUUUCUGAUACGAGUAUUAUGGAAAAUGAAAGUUUUGGACAUUUUCACUUGCAAAUGUCCAAACUGUUUACUAAUGAGGUGCAUGUAUGCCUGCCAUUGACAUCUUCUUGUUGUGUAUUUCAGAUGGUCUGGAGUACAGAGACCUGCUGGGAAUGUGUACCCGAUACCAGAGCCAUCUUCGGGACACUGCCGCUGUCGUGGCUGUUGAGCAGAGAGCACUGGCAAGUCGACUGAAGGAUCUGGAAAUGUUCUCGGCUGGCAUUGCGCAACAGUUGAUCCGCAGACAAGAAAGAAUGCAGAGAGCACUCGUGCAACUCGAGAAAGUGAAAGAAGUGACCAACACACUGGAGGAGAUUGAGUCCAGUAUAGAGCAGACGCUGCCGCUGCUACAGAGACUGAACCAGCUGCUGCCUGACAGUGACAGACUGGAGCCUUUUCAUCUGAAGGAGAUCGAGGAGGGAGAGGGAGAGAGAGAGGGCCAGACUGUUGACGAUGGUGUAGUGUCCAUUGAUCAUACGUGACUGUGGAAAAGUUUGCGCACGCGCAAAACUGGAGCAGUUUUAGCGG